GCAGCUGCCGUAUUGCACGUGUCUUUCUGUGAGGAUUACCCCAGCUUAGAAGUAAGAGCCGCUUGCUGAUUGGUCCUACUGAAGGCAUGCCACUUGGGUCAGCUCAACAGGUUGCUUGCUUGGAAUUACACCUGGCCAAUGAUGGGUUUCAAGGAGCAGAGUAACCGACUAGUUGUGGCCACGACCGUGACACGGAGUCCCGAGUGUGGCCUCUUUUAGGAUGUAGAUGGUGAGGAACCUGUACCGUCAACUAAAUGUGAGGGCAUUGGCUGCAGGCAGUAGUGAUGGUGCUUUACAGAGGACCGCGGCUGUUGGACUUGGCAAAGACCCCUCCACACCUUCAGUUCAACAAAUAUGUCCUGACAGGUUACCGGCCAGUGUCCACAGCUCAAGAGUGCCUCAGGAGCGUCUUCUACAUGCACAAUGAGCUGGGGAACAUCUACACCCAUGGAAUCCCCUUUGUCCUUUUCUUGGUGCUAAUGCCUUUCAACAUCCCCUGGAUGGAGGUGGACAGCGUCUGGAUCUGUGUGGUCCACUAUCUGGCCUGCCUCUGCCCUACCGUAGGCUCAGUGGUCUACCAUGUGUUCAUGAACCAUGUUGGGGGAGAACACGUUUACGACACACUGCUGUCCCUGGACAUGUUCGGCGUCUGCCUGGUUAACACCCUGGGAGCACUUCCCAUCAUUCACAUCACCCUUCUUUGCUACCCAGCCAUGCAGCAGGCUGCCUUGCUGACCUACAUCCUCCUGUCAGCUUACGGGAUCUACUGUGCCACAACGGCCCGCACCAACAUCUUGCGCUUGCAAGCCUUUGUCUGGCAGGCUGUGUUCCGCUUCAGCCUCUUCUUGUUCCGAGUGUACGGCAGCGGGGUGGGCAGCCCAAGCUCCCUGCGCCUCUUUGUCAUCAUGGACUCUCUGGCUGUACUGGGAGGCCUGGUCAACAUCAUCCAGAUCCCUGAGCGCUUCAGCCCAGGCCUGUUUGACAACUGGGGCAACAGCCACCAGAUAAUGCAUAUCAUGGUAACAUGCUCGAUUGUCUACCUCCACUGGGGCACACUGGAGGAUUUAGCCUGGAUUAAGACCUACCAAUGCCCUACUGAGUGAUGCCAAGUGUAUCACAGUACACUCACUCAGUCACUCACUCAAGGCUGCGCUGAUAGAAAAGAGAUUUAGGAAUCACGGAGGCAGGACAGAGGUGAUUUGUUUCGAAAUGCACUUUAGUCUUAUAGCUGCUAAAAUUCUUCACGAGGGAAGUUUAUAGUUUGACAUUUUGCCAGAGAAGAAAAAGAGGAACUUACAGUGUUGUAACUGUGGAACUCAUCGAAUUAAAAACCCUGAGUAUACUUGAUUUUUUGUUUUGUCGAAAUGCAGUCGUUCUGGGUAAUACCAUCCAUAACUAAAAUAGUCUGGAGAAGUGGAAAAAUGAA